AUGUUGAACUAUUUUAGUAUUGACUUGCUGUACGCGAAGUGCCUUUACUACUAUUUUAAGUGCGUCGGUUUGGCGACCAUGAGCGUCAGCUUCAAAUCCACCGUUGAGAACAAAAAAGUUCCGUAUUCGCUGUUCUCACCGUCAAAGAUCGGGUUUCUACCUAACUUGGUAAUAGUUCUCAUUGUAAUCGGUACACAUUUCUUCUCUCUCAAAAUGGCCUUCGAAGUGGAUGAAAUAGAAACUUCGGUGAAAUUCGAUCGAACGGUAGAAUCAGUACGUCUGACUUUUGGUGUUGGUGUAUCAGUAUUCAUCUUAGUAUUUUUUUGCGCUAAGCAAGAAGCUGCUAUAGAUAUCGCGAACAAUAUCAAGAAAGCUUCAGUUUUGUCAGCCAACUUCAGUACCAAAACUGUGAGUCAGAAAGAACUUUUCUCAGUUUACCGGGCAACGGGGUGGAUUUUCUCAGCUCACAUGGUGAUAUGGUUUCUGAUUUAUUGCUCGACUCCGUGGUCCUUCGGUUUAAUGAUCUACUACGUAUCGUUGAAUAUAUACGAGCUUGUAAUCACGUCUACUCUUGUUCAGUACAGUAUUCUAUUGAAAAUAGUACGUCAAAUUUUUAGAAAUGUCAACGCCAAUAUUUUAGACAUAUUUGGAGACUCUUGUGCAAUCGAUUUUCACACGGUUGGUACCAUUGGUAAUAAUCGCAGUGAAGUCAGAUUCAGGAGGAAGAUGAGGAAGUUUUCGCAGCUCAAAGAUCUGCAUAUCUCAGUUUGCGACGUUGCGGCGAGUCUUGGACAAUUUUACUCCAUACCGGCGUUGUUUUGCAUAAAAUACGAAUUCAUCUCAUUCACCUUUUAUUUUUACUUCGUUACGAAACUUUUCACCGGAAUGUAUCACGAAACUAUCACCAUUCAUACUAUUUUCUUCUACGUUUUUGGUAUAUUACACUUCAUUGUACCUCUAAUCGACUUGGUAGGAUCCACUAGUGCUGUCGUCAAUGAGGGUAAAACAUCUGUCGAACUUAUAAGCAAAUGGAUCGAGGUUGUCAAGGAUCAGGAGCAAAGUACUGUUAGGAUGAGCCAUUUUCCCAAUUACUUUGCACAGAAAAAAUUGAAAUUCACUGCAGCCGGACUUUUUCCAUUGGAUGGAUCACUGAUUUUGUCGAUUGCAGGUUCGAUCACUACAUACCUAAUGAUACUUUUACAAUUUGAAGGCAUUAAACCCUACUCGUCAUAA